AUGAUCGAAACCAGCGUUUCUGUUGAUGCUUCCUCGAAAGGAAGCGGUGUUGAACGUGCAGUAAUCAUCGGCGCCUACACCAUUUUCUUUGCCGUCUACGCCAUUGUGGCCUGCAACUGCAGCCGCCGCCGCAGCCAACGCAGGUCUCUGCAGCAACCUAACGCCGCCGUCGACCAGUCGCUGCCCGUCACUGUUUACCGGGCGAGCCACUUCGAGGAAGGCAUCGAGUGCGCCGUCUGCCUCUCCAAGCUGGCCGACGGCGAGGAGGCUCGAUUGCUCCCCCAGUGCGGUCACGGGUACCACCGCCGCUGCAUCGAUCCGUGGUUGCGUAUAAACGACACCUGCCCGCUCUGCCGGAGCCGCGUGCGCGCCAGACCUUCUGCAAACCCCAGUGCCGGUGCUGGGUCGACGCAGAAUCCGCCUGCCGAGACCGUUCCGGAGUCACCGGUCUCGGAGAGGAACUCCGCGAGUGCGGCAGUGGACGACGGAGCUGGCUCGCCGGGAGCAGAGAUCGUGAUUGAGAUGAUGAUGAGGGUGGUGGAUGGGCUCCCUUCGCCGGUUUCACCGGUGCCAUCGGAUAGGUCCGCCAUGGAAGAGACCGCGCCGCCUUCUCCAGCGAGGUUUUGGUGGACUUGGAUCCUGGAGAUCAGGGGGACUGCUGGUGCCUCGUCCGAGGGCCCGAGAGAAGGCGACAUCGAGCUGGGGUUGGGAGGAGGAGGAGGAGGAGGAGGAGAGGGUAACGCUCUGCCUCCGAACUCUCCGAACGGCCUGUCUCUCGGAGAACAUCCCGAUGCAGGAAACCGAUGA